AUGCUUUGCGUGAUAACCGGUAACCCGCCAGCGGAGGUAGCGAUAGUGUUGUCUAUUGAUAUGUCGUGCUUUGUAGCUUGCUCUCGGAUUUUUUGUAGUCAGAGCCCGCUCGCGGCCACGAGCAGGCCCUUUAGAUGUAGAAUCAAUGCCGAGGAUAGCAUUGUGCCCAUAGUGACCUCUGCGAGCGCGAGCGGGCGUGAUUCGAUCAAUUUGGUGCUGUUUUCAAAACUUUCGUUCUCGCUGUUGUUGAUAUUUGCCAACGUUAGGUCAUGUGUACUAAAGCUCUCCAAGAAAUCAGCGAAACUAUGUAUAUCCGACACACGAGUCGGAAAUUUCAACCGCGGGGCUAUUUGGGCAUUAUUUCUGACACGUGUUCCAUAG